UCUCUCUCUUCUCUCUACAAUUUGCUGAGCUUGAGAAGAGCUUUUUUGUCGGCGUUAAACAACAGAUCUCGUGUGGCUUCCAAACUCCGUGGCUGGCCAUUGUUUUCCAUCAAAAUUCGAAGCUCGAGCGAUUCGGAUCCGUCGUCGGAAAAUGCGAAGGCCUUUUCCUCGACGAAUUUAGGUGAUUUUUAUGGUGGUAGUUGGUCGCUCCGUCGCGAAUUCUGGUGGUGUUUCGCUUCGCGAGGUUUCGGAAUCGGAAUUGGAAUUUGAAUUGGAAUUGGAAUUGGAAUCGGAAUCGAAGAAGUGCAUGAGGGAUUUGGCUUGGUGGAAUCUAUGUUGUGUGAAGGAUUUGGGAAGGAGAAUAAGGUGGGAUUGCUCGUUUGUGAUCCGGAGCAGGGGUAGGUGGGGGAAAUGUGGCUAAUUUUGUGAGGGAUUUUGAGGCUUGAGAUUUUUAUUGAAGUUGUUGUUGUUGUUUUCUUUUUCUCUCUCUUUUUGGUGUGGUUUUUGUUUGAUCUCUAAGAGAUUGGAGGUUUCUUAUUUGGGCGUAAGAUUUUCUUUUGGAGAUUUGGAGGCUUUGGAUUUGAGGCAAAAAUGCAGCAAGAUCACCGCAAGAAGAAUACAGCAGAGGUGGACUUCUUCUCUGAAUACGGCGAUGCCAAUCGCUACAAAAUCCAGGAAGUUAUAGGGAAAGGAAGUUAUGGUGUUGUUUGCUCAGCAAUAGACACUCAUACUGGUGAAAAAGUUGCAAUAAAGAAAAUACAUGAUAUUUUCGAACAUAUCUCUGAUGCCGCUCGAAUUCUUCGGGAGAUAAAGCUUCUCCGACUUCUUAGACAUCCUGACAUUGUUGAAAUUAAGCACAUUAUGUUGCCUCCUUCAAGAAGAGACUUUAAAGAUAUUUAUGUUGUUUUUGAGCUCAUGGAGUCAGAUCUUCAUCAGGUCAUCAAAGCAAAUGAUGACUUAACACGAGAGCACUACCAGUUUUUUCUUUACCAGCUACUUCGUGCAUUAAAGUACAUUCACACGGCAAAUGUCUAUCAUCGAGAUUUGAAACCAAAGAAUAUAUUGGCAAAUGCAAAUUGUAAGCUUAAAAUCUGUGAUUUUGGGCUAGCGAGAGUUGCAUUCAAUGAUACACCUACUACAAUAUUUUGGACGGACUAUGUUGCGACCAGAUGGUAUAGAGCUCCAGAACUUUGUGGGUCGUUUUUCUCGAAGUACACGCCUGCAAUUGACAUAUGGAGUAUAGGCUGCAUAUUUGCUGAGGUAUUAACUGGGAAGCCUCUGUUCCCUGGUAAAAAUGUUGUUCACCAGCUGGAUUUGAUGACAGAUCUGCUUGGGACGCCUUCAUUAGAUACCAUAUCUCGGGUCCGAAAUGACAAAGCAAGGAGAUACUUGACUACCAUGAGGAAAAAGCAGCCUGUUCCGUUUGCACAGAAAUUUCCUAAUGCAGAUCCUUUAGCAGUACGACUCUUGGAACGAUUACUGGCCUUUGAUCCAAAGGACCGGCCAACUGCUGAAGAGGCAUUGGCUGAUCCUUAUUUUAAGGGACUGGCCAAAGUAGAGCGGGAACCUUCCUGCCAGCCGAUUACAAAGAUGGAGUUUGAAUUUGAGAGGCGAAGGGUCACAAAAGAGGACAUACGAGAGCUUAUCUUCCGAGAAAUAUUAGAGUAUCACCCUCAGUUGCUGAAAGAUUACAUGAACGGAACUGAGAGGACUAAUUUCCUCUAUCCAAGUGCCGUUGAUCAAUUCAGAAAGCAGUUUGCACAUCUCGAGGAAAACGGUGGUAAAAGCGGUCCAGUUGUCCCACUUGAAAGAAAGCACGUCUCUCUUCCUAGGUCUACAAUUGUACACUCAAAUACUGUUCCUACCAAAGAGCAGCACAACUACGCCUCGUAUAGAGAUCGGCAAAAUGCAGAAGAGGCAUACAAGACUUCAAAAGAUAUGGAAGUAGUUCAGGUGAAUAUAGCAAGGAGCAUGCAGGCACCUCAAAGAAUUCCUCUGGCCAAACCAGGAAGAGUUGUUGGGCCUGUUGUACCAUAUGAGAAUGGUAAUCUGAUGAAAGAUGCGUAUGACCCAAGAACGUUAAAUAGAACCGCAGUCCUUCCCCCUCAGGCUGUUCCUCCAGUUGCUUACUGCUAUCGCAAACCUGGUGUCGGAAACCAAGAAAGGUCAGCGGCAGAAGCCAGCAAGGACAUGCCGUCACAGACCAAACAAGCUGCUCAAUGCGGCAUGGCAGCCAAGUUAGCACCGGAUAUUGCCAUCAAUAUCGACACCAACCCAUUUUUUAUGACACGGGCGGGAGUCACAAAGGUGCAACAAAAUGACCGAAUCCCUGCUAUGGACGUUAACUUGUUGCAGGGAAAGGCUCCAUAUGGAGGGAUUAGUGCGGCCGCUGCCGCCGCUGCCGGGACUGCCCACCGGAAAGUUGGAACUGUUCCAUUUGGUAUGACGAGGAUGUAUUAGGCAAAAUGGAUGACGGGCAUUUUUUGGCUAAUGGAGGAGGUUAUGCUGAGUCCGUUAAUAGAGCCAGCUCUCUUAUUCAUGUUAGAUACGGUACAUUUCUGUCACAAGAUACUAUAUAUUUCCAUGAAAUUAUACGUUCAGAUUUAUAAAGAAAGGUCCUCUCUCGCCGCGCCC